GAAAAGUAAUCGAACGUGGCUCACUCGAGCACAGGAUAGGAAGAUGGCAUCCACCAACCAACCUGAUCCACCAGUACAGCCUGGCCUUCCACCUGGAGAAGAUGGAGCAGCUCACCCAAGAGAAGCACUGAUUACCACUGCUGUAAAAUUUCUACAGAACCCCAAAGUACGUCAGAGUCCUCUGGCCACCAGGAAAGCCUUCUUGAAGAAAAAAGGACUGACUGAUGAGGAGGUAGAGUUGGCCAUCCAGCGCUCUGGCAGUACAGAAGAAGUCCUGCCUCUUGGCCCUGUAGGGCUACCGCAUCCACCUUAUGCAACUCAGAUAGCUCCUGCACCACUCAGUCCAGCAGGCUACAGAUGGAGAGACUACGGCGCCAUCGCCAUCAUUAUGAUGGGCAUCGCGUUUGGCUUUCAUCAGCUUUACAAGAAAUACAUCCUCCCCCUCAUUAUUGGAAGCCGAGAGGACAAGAAGCAUCUGCAGAGGAUGGAAAGCAACAUUGCGGCAAUGAGUGGCACACUGACACAGACAGUCAGCCAGCUGCAGCAAACCCUGGUCUCUGUCCAGGAGCUCCUGGUCCAGCAGCAGCAGAGAAUUCAGGAGCUCUCUCAGGAACUGGCUGCAGCAGAGGCUUCAUCCUCAACCAACCGCAUCCUGGACAACCAAACAGUUGGGGAGCUGAAGGCUGAGAUUGCCUCUUUGAAGGGCUUACUGCUCAGCAGGAGACAGUUCCCCUCCACCCCUGCUAUUCCUAAGAUCCCCUCAUGGCAGAUUCCUCUAAAGCCGCCCUCAGUGUCCGGCUCGCCGUCCAUUAAUCACACCAACAGCAGCAGUGACAUCUCCCCUGUCAGCAACGAGUCUGCCAACUCCUCCCCCAUCAAGGAUGGACCCCACAGCCCCCAGAAUGCACUGGGAGGACCAGAUGGAGCCAUUGGUAUCAAUGGAGAUACCUGCACUGUGGGCCUGGGGACAACAACGCUGCCCCUGGACCAGGUCCGCAUGGAGGUGCAGGGGGAGGAGGAGGAGAAGAAGGAGGAGGAUGAUGUCAGCCAUGUUGAGGAGGAGGAGGAAGAGGAAGAGGAGGAGGGUCUAAGCAUGCAAACAGAGGAUCGGCGAGGUGGAGAUGGACAGAUUAACGAACAGGUGGACAAACUGAGGCGACCUGAGGGUGCCAGCAACGAGAGCGAGGUUGAUUAGCUGUCAGUAGAAAGCACAAAAACACUCUGCAAAACACCACUCCUCAUAUCUGCUUACAGCUUUGUUUCUCUCUGCUCCUCUCUGUGCACACCCUAUAUUUACUUUUUUUUUUUUUAAAUCUAUCCAUCUUGCCAUCUUUUCCUCCUUGCCUCUGCAGCAUUUUAUUAUUGAACAAAAUGAGGAGUGGGUGUGAGUGAUAGAAUAUCCACAAGUCUAGUGACACAUGGCUUACCACGAUUUACUUUUAAUCAUACAGGCAAAACAGCUGCAUGCCAAGCCAAGUCCGAGUGACGUCUAUUUAAACAGAGAAAUCACAAGUAUUAGUCAAAUGAGAAGGACUUUAAAAGCCCAUUUGCAGUACUAACUGUGACUUACUGCUUUUAAUUUCCACAAUUUGAUCAGAUAAUUCACAGCUUUGCCUUGAUGUCCUUGUAAUUGUACUAAGGUUUUUAUUCAGACCAAAGAUGCGGUGCUGUGCAGGAUAUUUCUUCUGUACAAAGCAGCUGUGGGUCAGGAAUCAUAUGUUACUUCAGUCUGAAAGUUACCCUGAGCUUCCAGUGAAGUAUUAGCAGAGUUUGUCUCCCUGUUGAUGGCAAUAGGAGAGGACAAGCUCUUCCAGGGCCGGAGCUUUUAGCCUCUUUUAUGUGUCCUUUCGCAUUGGUGUCAGUCUGUCAAUAAUUCACAAGGCCAGCAGGGUGGCAUUUGGGUGAAAUAAAAGCCCUGAAAUUCGAGAUUAGAAUGUGAUGACGGGCUUUGUUCCAUGCCGGUGUCAGAGCGCUCAUAUGCUCAGAGGAGGGGAAGAUAAAUGUUUUUUCCCCCGCUUUCCUUUUUCACUGAGGGCUGAAUUGUGCAUCUUUGUGAGUUUGUUUGUGCGUGGCAGGCGAGAAAACCCAGACAGUCUGGUGAGCUGUAUCUGUGUCUCCAGCAGGGCAGCUGAUUUGGUUUGUGAAGUAUGUUAAUAAUCAAAUGAUCAACAAAUAACAGAUGUAUUAGUUCAUGCAGCUUGAAAUGUCAAGGAGGCUAAAAGCAGAAAUCUAAUACAGAAAGCCCAGUUGCAUUGUAUUAUUUUCUGUGAUAAACCCUCUGGUCCAAAUUACGUAGGGCGUCCUACAGUGAGUAAUCUUUACAGAAAACGCCGCCAAUAUUUUGUAAUUAAGCUGCAGUAAGACAUGAGCGCUGCCACAGAUGGAAGUUGCAGAACUUGUAUUACGUUGUUUUUCUCUCUGUGUGGAGGUGGAUGGGGGAAGUAGAAAAAAAAUUACCCCAUGAUUGAAAAGGAAAGUAAUAAAUGAAUACUUGACUUAUUGAAUUACUCACUCUGUCUCCAUCUAACAAGAAGAGUCCGUGAGUGAGAAGAAGGGAUAUCAGCUCUGGUGCCAUUUCCACCUCUAUCACAUAGGGUGGAAGGACACUGCAGAUUUCUGAGACACAAGUCGACUUAAAGGAUGUUAUUUUGUUGUGUUGAAUGAGAUUGACUGAUGAGGCAACCUUGCAGUAUGCUGUAAAUUCUGUUUUUUGACUUGUAAGUUUUUUUUUUUUUUUUUUUUUCUGUUAUUAACUCUUGUUAAGAGAAGAAGCUCAAAAUUGCUUCAUAACUACUGUAGUUUCUCUGAUUGGUCCUCUGUAAAUCGCUCAAUGCUGUCUGAAUUUUAUCCAUAGUUGUAAUAAAUCUGAUUUAUCUCAUGAAAUAGUUUGUAAAUAUUUUAAGUGAGCUAGACACGACAUGCAAUACGCUUUCCUGAGUGUCAACUUGCACAGAAAUUGUCCUUCAGGUGGGUUGUUAAACUUAAACUAUGUAUCUCUGAGAUGUAUGUGGUUGUGUAUGUUCAGACCGAUUUCCUAUUACAGUUUAGUACAAGGGUUGUUUCUGUUUGUGUAAAAAUUGAAACAUCUAAGAAGCCAUUUUAUCCUUAUUAAAAAAAUUUUAAAGUA